UGACUUGAGCAGCAGGUGAAUGAGUAGAGCCAAAGGAAAGCAGAAACAAACAUUAAAGGCUCAAACGAACGUCUGUAUGAGAUAAAAUUUACAAAAAGUCCGACCUGGAGGACAACAAAGAGACCCAGGCCCCAGAGGCUGCAGUGGACGAGGAUGAUGGGACGUUCACGACCAUCUCGCUUGCAGACGACGCAGUGGAAAGCAGAUCUGCAGCCCUGUAUACUAAGCAGGAGAACGAAGUUUUCAUUAUGAACUGCGACAUAGACGACAUGGAGAACCAGGUGGAGAUGGAGGAGAAGACAAGGUUGAUAAACCAAGUUUUGGAACUUCAACACACACUGGAAGACCUCUCUGCACGGGUUGAUGCAGUCAAAGAGGAGAACUUGAAGUUAAAGUCUGAGAACCAGGUCCUGGGUCAGUACAUCGAGAACCUUAUGUCAGCAUCCAGCGUCUUCCAGACCACCGACACCAAGGGCAAGCGGAAGUGAGAAAGUUUCACAAGAAAACCCGAAGUCUGGAGCGCGGCUGGGAGAGAAAACCCACCGUAGAGACGGGUUUGUUCUCCGUAACCGCUUAACUGAGUCAGAACCAACCAUGUAAAUAGAAAAAAACUUAAACGGAUUUAGUCACCCAACCAGUCGACUCGGAUAUAAAUAUUAAAUUAAUCUGGCCCUCAGUGUUCCUUUCUAUACUACAGACAUCACCCUUUAACCACUAACACACAAAAAAGAUGUAUAUUUGGUGGCUGAAGGUUAUUUGUCCUUUCAAAAUGUCUCCUUUUUGCUUCAGAUAGUGGUUACAUUUGAGACAUGCAGAUGUUCUGUUUUCACAUUAUGUUGUGUCUCAAACACCGUUGAAGUUAAUGUCAUAAAUAUAACAAACCAUGUGACCAUGAAUCUCAUAUCAGCAGUAAUUUAUUCUUUUUUUUUCUCAAGUAUUUUGUGCAGCAGUCUGAUCUGAGACCUCAGUUUAAACGGUGGUAAACUCAACAGUGUUAGAGAAUGUACUUAGAUGGCAUGUAUAAGUAAUAUCUCAAGUGUUUGUUUGGCAGAUUAGUAGAUCUAAUGAAAAAUGCUAUAAAUAAUAAGCAAGUUACAGACUGUAUAAAGCCACUGAGAACCUGUAAGCAAUAGUAAAUGAAUAUGUGUAGAGCUCAACAAUAAGUAAAGCACAGAAACUAAAAGUAAACUAGCACCGUCAGAUGUUUUAAUUGCAAGUGAUUAAUUUAAAUAAUCACGUUCUUCCCUCCAUUUGAAGUAUUUGCAGGGUCAGAAAUUGUAAAUGUCUGAUUCUCAUGUUAAUGACAACAGGUCAGAUAUGCUGGAGGAACAAAGACAGUUAAAGAGACCUUGAGUGGUAUCGAUCCCAUCAGGGCUGAGAUGCAUCAUGUGCUGGAGGAUGGGUUUAACACAGGAUGUGCAGCAGUAAACAGGGUGUGUUCAAGAUGUCUGCUGCCUCAGAUGAUGAGGAUGCUGAAAAGUAAUCUGAGCAGAAUUGGACUCCAUUAAACCCACUUUUCAAUAAAAAGCUUAAACAAUUUUGGUCUUUUUUAACAAGGAAUAAAUUAUCUUUAGUGAAUAUCGGAUAUGACUAAGGUGGAGGUCAUGUAUUUGGCGGUGUUGGUUUGUUAACAACACAACUCUAAAUGUUUUGGAUGGAUUUUGAUUACAUUUUCAGGAACUCAAAUGGAAUAAGGAGCAAAUUAUUAUGUUUUCGGGGUGAUCCAGAUCACCAUCUGAAUCCAGGAUUUUUUUUAAAGGAUUCUGUACUAUGGGGAUAUAAUAAUUUUGCCAUUAUAGCUUCUAACUCAAAAACAAUGCCCGCAAUCAUUGGCAAAAAAACGACAGUAGUUUGGCAGAGGUCUGCGCUGCCCAGUGCUUCUACUUUCGAUGUUUUAACAGUUGUAUUUACUUGUGUGGCAUGUGUAAUGCCCCGUCUACACAUGAUGGGAUCUUGUGUGUAGACACUCUGCACCUUUGUCUUUUAAAUAUUUUUGUUUUAAUAAAAAUCCAAGAUCA